CAGCCAUAAAGUGACCUGCCUUCAACAUGAGACAGAGGUGCAUUCUUCAUGACUAGCAGGGAGCACAUGAGCAGGAGUGGGAUCAGAAGGAUGCUGCAGGAAAGUUGCAUUUGAGAAGUUUUAGUGACUGAACAAAGAAACUUGGCCAUGGCUGGACCUGGCAAGCGAAUCAAGACAGUCACAUCAGAACUAAAUAAGGUCUGCCCCGAUGAAGGAGACGGCUACUCUGUGUAUCCUAAGAGCUACUAUGACCUUGAUGUGGUUCCCAACCUCAGGCGGAGUAACAGUACCUUCAGUAAGAGCAAAAGGAGGACUCACUUCACACUCAGUACCAACGAAAAGGAGAAUCUUAGCUCUUGGAUUCCUGAAAACUUUCGGAAAAAGGAAUGUGUUUAUUAUAUUGAGAGUUCCCAGAUGUCAGAUUCUGGGAAAACGGUGUGUGAGUGUGGCUAUCUCAGGGAACAGCAUUCAGAGGAGGCUGUAAAACCUGCCAUGUUCCAGGGGAAAGAAUGGGAUCCCAGAAGACAUGUUCAAGAAGUACCAACUGAUGCUUUUGGGGAUCUUUGUUUCACAGGCUUGGGUCAAAAAUUAGCAAAGUUUGUGCGUGUGUCCUCUGACACUCCCCCAAGAGUCAUCUACCAGCUAAUGACACAACACUGGGGCCUUGAUAUACCAAACCUCUUAAUAUCUGUGACAGGAGGAGCUAAAAAUUUCAACAUGAAGCCGAGACUGAAGAACAUUUUCAGGAGGGGGCUUGUCAAAGUGGCACAGACAACAGGUGCCUGGAUCAUCAGUGGUGGUUCUCAUGCUGGUGUCAUGAAGCAAGUUGGGGAAGCAGUGCGGGGCUUCAGCUUAACCAGUAGCUACAAGGAAGGUGAGAUUGUCACCAUUGGCAUUGCAACAUGGGGGACCGUGCAUAACCGCAACAGCCUCAUCUGCCCUAUGGGCAGUUUUCCGGCAGAGUAUGUGCUAGAUGAGGAGAGCCAAGGCAACCUCUCUUGUCUGGACAGCAAUCACUCACAUUUCAUCCUGGUGGAUGAUGGGACACAUGGGAAAUAUGGUGUAGAGAUCCUCCUGAGGACCAAACUUGAGAAGUUUAUUUCAGAGCAAACAAAGGUGAAAGAAGGAGUUGCCAUUAAGAUACCAAUUGUUUGUGUAGUCCUGGAAGGUGGCCCUGGGACUCUUGAUACCAUCUACAAUGCAAUCACAAACGGCACCCCUUGUGUGAUUGUGGAAGGCUCAGGGCGUGUUGCUGAUGUCAUUGCGCAGGUGGCUAACUUGCCCAUCUCCAAAAUAAACAUCAAGCUGAUACAAAAAGAACUAAGAACAUUCUUUAAGGACAGCUAUGAGCAGUUCACUGAAAAUAAGAUUGUGGAGUGGACCAAAAAGAUCCAAGAUAUUGUCCGCCACAGGCCGCUCCUGACCAUUUUCAGAGAAGGGAAAGAUGGGCAGCAGGAUGUUGAUGUGGCCGUUCUCCAAGCAAUGCUGAAAGCCUCCCGAUACCGUGAUAAUUUUGGCCGUGAGAACUGGGACCACCAGCUGAGGCUUGCAGUAGCAUGGAAUCGGGUGGAUAUUGCCCGGAGUGAAAUCUUCACUGACAAUCAUGAGUGGAAGCCCUGUGAUCUGCACCCAAUGAUGGCCGCUGCCCUCAUAGCCAACAAGCCAGAAUUCGUGAAAUUGUUUCUGGAGCAAGGUGUGCGCCUGAAGGAAUUUGUUACCUGGGAUACCCUCAACUACCUCUAUGAGAAUUUGGUGGCCUCCAGUGUCUUCUAUGGGAAGCUGCAGAAGGUGCUUCUGGAAGAGAAGGAGCACUCGGCCUUCUCCAGAGUCCCCAGGGUCCAGCUGCAUCACGUAUCCCAGGUGCUAAGGGAGCUGUUGGGGGACUUCACACAGCUGCUGUACCCCAAGCCGAAGAACACUGAUCGACAUCGUCUCUCCAUCGCUGUGCCUCAUAUCAAGCUCAAUGUACAAGGGGUGAAUCUUCGAUCCCUCUACAAGCGUUCUGCUGGCCGUGUCACAUUUACCAUGGAUCCCGUGAGGGAUUUACUCAUUUGGGCAGUUGUCCAAAACCGCAAGGAGUUGGCUGAAAUCAUCUGGGCUCAGAGUCAGGACUGCAUUGCAGCAGCUUUGGCCUGCAGCAAGAUACUGAAAGAGUUGUCCAAAGAGGAAGAUGACACUGACAGCACAGAGGAAAUGCUGACCUUGGCAGAGGAGUAUGAGCAUCGAGCCAUUGGUGUUUUUACUGAAUGUCACCGGAAGGAUGAGGAGAGAGCCCAGAAGCUCCUGAUCCGUAUCUCAGAUGCUUGGGGCAAAACCACCUGCCUACAACUAGCCCUGGAGGCUAAAAACAUGAACUUUGUGUCUCAUGGGGCCGUCCAGGCCUUCUUAACCAAAGUCUGGUGGGGGAAGAUGAGUGUUGACAAUGGAAUCUGUCAGGUCAUCCUGUGUAUGCUGUUCUUCCCCCUGCUCUACACCGGCCUCAUCACAUUCAGGGAAAAUAGGCUCCAACCAAUGAGUUGCCUGACUCGCUUCCGAGCCUUCUUCACAGCUCCCAUGGUCAUCUUCCACCUCAAUAUUCUGUCCUACUUCAGCUUCCUCUGUCUCUUUGCCUAUGUGUUGAUGGUUGAUUUUCAGCCAGUCCCAUCCUGGCUGGAGUAUGUCAUCUAUUUCUGGCUCUUCUCCCUGGUGUGUGAGGAAACGCGUCAGCUUUUUUAUGAUCCUGAUGGGUUUGGCUUCCUGAAAAUGGUUUCCCUGUACCUCAAUGAUUUCUGGAACAAAUUGGAUCUUUGUGCCAUCCUGAUCUUUACGGCUGGACUGACGUGCAGAUGGAUCACAGCCACUUUCUAUCCUGGAAGAAUCAUAUUGUCUUUGGCUUUUAUUAUCUUCUGUCUGCGCUUGAUGCACAUUUUCACAGUCAGUAAAACUUUAGGACCCAAAAUCAUCAUAGUGAAGAGAAUGAUGAAGGACGUCUUUUUCUUCCUCUUCCUUUUGGCUGUCUGGGUUGUGUCCUUUGGGGUGGCCAAGCAAGCCAUACUGAUCCAUAAUGAGAACCGUGUGGACUGGAUCUUUCGAGGAGUUGUUUACCAUUCUUACUUGACAAUAUUUGGGCAGAUACCUUCCUACAUUGAUGGAGUGAACUUCAACCUGGAUCAGUGCAGCCCAAAUGGGACUGACCCGUACAAGCCCAAGUGCCCUGAGAACAAUGAGGCCAAUCAACAGCCCGUCUUCCCUGAAUGGCUGACUGUCAUCUUGCUCUGCUUGUACCUGCUCUUCACCAACAUUCUCCUCCUCAAUCUCCUCAUUGCUAUGUUCAACUACACAUUCCAACAGGUACAGGAGCACACGGAUCAGAUCUGGAAGUUCCAGCGCCAUGACCUGAUUGAGGAGUACCACGGCAGGCCUCCUGCUCCACCACCCUUCAUCCUCUUUAACCACCUGCAGCUUUUUGUCAAGCGGGUGCUUCUCCGGAAGCCAGCCAUGCGUCGCAAGCAGCUCAAAGAGAAGCUUGAGAAGAAUGAAGAGGCAUCCCUCUUGUCUUGGGAGAUGUACCUGAAGGAAAACUAUUUGCAGCACCAACAGUGCCAGCAGAAACAGAACACUGAACAGAUGAUCCAGGACAUUGCCAAUAGGAUGGAUGUCGUAGCAGAACAACUGGACCUCGCUCAGGUGAAAAGGACAGGGCUGGUGGAACAGAGGCUAGCCCAUCUGGAGGAGCAGAUGUUCCAGUCUACAAAGGCACUGCAAUGGAUUGUUAAUUCACUUUCUAGUAGCGGGUUUGGAUUGGAGGACGAUGCUCCCAUUAUGGUCCCCAGCAGAGCGCCCAAGAUGGAGGACCAUGAAGAGGAGGUCUCAGAAACUUUUCAAGUUCUGUACCAUGUGAGGGCCAGGAACCUUUUGUAUCCCAGUUCCACUGCUGUCCGCUUUCCAGUGCCUGAUGAGAAGGUGCCAUGGGAGGUGGAGUUUGACAUCUACAAUCCCCUCUUCUAUAGUGAGGAAAGGAAAGAGACCGAUCCGCCCGAGUCCUCAAGAGACACUCUGGAGAAUCUUUCCAAGAUAAACUUCAACAGUAUGGAUGGGGAGAUCAACAGACAGAGUUUCCAUGGCACCUACAUUGUUCAGGAUGGCCUGCCACUGAAUCCCAUGGGAAGGACUGGCUUGAGGGGCCAGGGGAUUCUUCGGUUCUUUGGACCAAAUCAUGACCUUCACCCUGUUGUAACACGCUGGAGGAGGAAUCUGGAUGGAUCCAUUGCUAGGAAAAGCUUAAAGAAAAUGCUGGAAAUCUUAGUUGUUAAAUUUCCCUUGUCAGAUCACUGGGCUUUACCUGGGGGAUCUCUGGAGCCAGGAGAAGCAUUGCCACAGAAGCUGAAAUGGAUCCUGAGACGGGAGUUCUGGCCACAGUUUCAGAAACUGCUGAAUCAGGGCACAGAGGUUUAUAAAGGAUAUAUGGAUGAUCCCAGGAAUACAGACAAUGCCUGGAUAGAGACCUCGGCCAUCAAUGUGCAUUUUGAAGACCAGAAUGAUGUGGAGAUGAAGCGUUUGAAUUCGUUUCUCCAAGGUUGUGAUCUUGAAGUCGCUGUCCGGUGGCAAGUUGUGGACAAGAGGAUUCCCCUUUAUACAAACCACAAGGAGAUCCUGAAAAAAGCAUCUGACCUAUUGGGGGCUUACUAUUGACGACGAUGCAGCCAACAUCCCCCCCCCCCCUUCCUCUCUUUCCAUACAAAACAAAUGAGUGGCUUCUUCCUGGUUCUUCUCACGGGCCAUAUUUCCUGUGCAACUCACUCUGGACUUAGAAGUCAGAUUUACCUUGGCUCACUCAAAGGUUGGGAUUUGCAUUUGAAAAAGGAAGGGGUAGGACUUUGUGUCAGCUGGAUCAGAGGCACCGAAACAACAGAUUCUGUUUCUAGCUGUGCUACAGGAUGUGUUGUAGACUGUGAUUAACAUGCCUGAAGCUCUUUUGUGGCAUUCGGCAUCCACAAACAAUCCAGAGUCAGCACAGAAUCACUGUUCCAAGGCUUGUGGCGAGGGGCCAGUGACAGUGCCUUCAAGAUGCAUGCCCUGUCAUCAAGCCUGCCUUUGGAAAGUCAUGAACCCUCUUGUCCUGGCAUGCUGCUGAGCUGAGAAUUUCAGGAAACCAUCUCCAAAGUUGGCAAGAAUGACUUCAAAGACAGAGCCAUGAGGCUGAGAGAAUGAGGCUCUGUUGCUUUGCUUUAGUUAAGGGACCUGAUGCGGCUGGAGAUUCCUCCUGACCCCGGGUUUCUAGGCUGGCCAAGAGUUUUAUCUGAAGCUCCAGAGCUUUGUCAAGGCGAGAGUGACUUUUGCUUCAUGCCUCACCCUGCUGAGCUAGACCAUAUGCAGGUGCAGAGAACUGCUAAAACCCGAAGGCUCUUAUGGACUGGCACUGCUUGAGUUACACUGCAGAACAUUUUACAAAGGAGGUCAUUCAUUUAUGGUGCCUGCAAUGUUGAUAUCUCCUUCAUCAUUUGUCCUUUUCAUUUAUUCAGGUGCAUUCCUUUGCCUCACAGGUGUUAGCAUGUUGAGUUUUGCACAGAACCUGAGCUCAGUCUUUGAUCCGAACAAGGUUGCCUUUUCCAUUUCUUAUUUCUAUUUUGACUCAGACCAGUAUCCAUCUCAUGUAGUAUUUAUUUCUAAUCAUAACUUUCUAGAGCUCGCAAGUAAUAUGUUCGAUGGAAGCAGCACUUCCAAUUGUUAGGUCUCAGCAUCUGGCAAUCAGAUAUACAAUGCAGGUGAAGCUGAAACAUGACGGUCUAUCAAUGCUGUUAGCUAAAACAGACUAUUUUUAGAAUUUAUAGUUUUGAUUUUAGCAACAAAUACAACUGUCCUCCAGAAAUGUAUCUAAUCCCCCUGUUAAAUUAUUGGCCAGACCAGUUUAAAAAGUACACAGCU